ACCAGACCUCCAAGUAGACCACAUGGUUAACAGUUUCAGUCGCUGUUGCUGUCAUCCAGUUGAGCUGGUGUCGACUAAAACUGGAUAUUAAAGUCUAAUUUCAUUAUUUAUGAAGCGUUCUUGAUACCUGAAGCAGUUUGAUAACUUCGUCGUUAAUGAGGGCAGACUAAGAGCUUUAUUCGUCUUUCAUGACUGUCGGUUAGUUUUGGGACUAAAGUUUAUUCGUAAAGAAAAUGAAACGCUGUUUGUGUUUCAUCUUCAUUCAUUCCUGUCUGCUUUUGCCAUCCGACAGGAGAGCUGUCCAGGCUCAUUCAGCUGAAGGAAAGACUUCAGUGACUAGAUUGAACAUGUCCAACUAUUCAACAUUACUGCCCAAAGCUGAACCCAUCGAUCCAACUGAACCGUCUGUGAACACUGUGCACAUCUCAACAGAGAGCAAACGGCUGAUUUCUGUUACGACAGGUGUUCCUCCUAGUAACCCAACAGCAGGUCCUCGGUUCCAUGCGGGUAGUUUCAUUGGCGGUAUGAUGCUGGCCUUUAUUAUCAUACUGGUCAUCAGUCUGGGCUACAGAUUGACUUGCUCACAACGGGAAGUGCGCUACAGAGUCAUUGAGGAACACGAUGCCAUCAUUUAAAAAUGGAGCCGUUGAGGAAAUACAGGCUAAAACACAAGCUAGUCCUCAUCUGAAGAGAACGUUUUCACCUUAAUGUGGUAAAUAUGUAUAGGAGGCAGUAUCUGGUUUGAUACAUAUUAAAUUGUAAUCUUAAAUAGGUUAUUCCCUAUUCCCUUUUAAAUUUUCAGCUGUGAAUACUUGAACAAUACUUGAAAAACAAAAAUGUGUGUUUGUGUCUGUGUCUACGGUCUAGUCCGGUGCAGUCAUAUAGCGUUUAAAAUGUGCUCCCGUAAAUCUUCUUAAAGACCUACCAGAGGCAAAAAUGAUUUGGUUACAGUUCAGGAGCUUUUUCUUUUAAAGUUUCUAAUAUUUUUAAAUAAACGUUCACGAUACAUUUGUUUGAAAAGUGUUGAUUUUGGGUUUCAUCAUGUAUGGAAGAAGAAGUGAUCCAAUAAAGUGAUUUAGUCUAACUGCAUGACUGCAUGAUGUACAAUAGAAAACUGAUAAAAUAACGGAUUAAACACAGUAACUACCAAAGUAUAUACUUUAUUCCAGGCCAAUUUGAAAGUAAUAUGUAAAGAAAUAUAAUGUAACAGAACUUAAGGUUCUAAAGUACAUGCACAUACAUUGAUUUAAAAAAAAAGAGAGAGAGAGAGAGAUCAUAAUAAAAGGAUAUAUAAAUUCAUUCUGGGUGCAUUUAAAAUAAAUCUAAAUACCAAUCCAUUAACUUGUGUGAUUAGUACUACCACUACAAAAAAAAAAAGUAAA